CCCACAGACACCCGAACCCUCUCCUCAUGAAAUUACCGCCGUGAAAGCUUAUAAACAACUUGCCGGAGGUGCCGAAGUUGAUACGGAUGUGAUUGUGGAUUUGAUUUUGGAUAAGAUACGUGAAAUUCCCAGUGGAGUCGGUUGGUUUCUUGAUGGCUUCCCUUCCACCGUGGAGCAUGCCCGAGUUUUGGAACAGAAGCUGAACGCACUCUUGCACAAACCAGGCGAGGUUUCCUUCCCGACCAGUCCUCGCAUCUCGGGUUCUCUGCCCUUGCCUGAGCAGAUACCCAAGUUCCAGGGGCUUGACUUCAUAAUUGUCCUACAGGAAAACGAUUCAGACCUGAUUGAGCGCUUCCUAGAUAUCAUCAAGGGCAGCAAUUUAAGCUCGAAAUCAGAAUCCCUGGGAAAAGACCACGAAGAAGGAGGAGAGACUAGCAAAGUAACCAGUGAUGUGCCGCACAUGGAUCUGAACUUGAGUAGUCUUCACGCGAAGAUAGUAAACUUUGAAGAACAACUGCCACGCAUCGAGUCAUUCUAUCGAAAGCAUUCAGAAUGUUGCGCAUUCCACCAUCUCUCCACUCCAGAGGGUCAGCUUCAACCAGAACUCUCGAAAAGAGAACAAGAGCUCUGCUUGACUCUUUCCAAUGGAAAAGACCUACCGGCCGGCUGUGCGGCCGCGUACGUUGCAGUGUAUCACUUGCUUGAAGAUCAUCUUAAGAAUAAUAUGGAAGCUUCGGUCAUAGAGGAGGUCUCAGAAGAUGCAGCAAAGAGUGAUUUAUCUGUACAAGACCAGCCCAAUUCUCGUAUGAAGCAGGCCGUCAAUCCAGUGGAUGAAGAAAACAAAAACGCCCUAAAUGCAGCAGACAAAGAAGCCGUUACCGAUGCUCCUCCUCUCCCGGAACCACCUGCUGAUGAUCUGCAGAAACCGGAGGAUGCUAAGGAUCAUUCUCAGCCGCCACCCAUACCCACAAUUCCUGUAGCCAAUGCGGAGGCCUCGGGCGCAUUGUCUACUGGCGCAUCCAAUCUUAGCGAGGCUGACUGCGCCUAUGUUGGUGUCAACCCAAGCAAGGAGGUUGCUAGUAUACUGUCGAAUCUUUGGAUCCAAUCUGAGACCGUUUACAACGAAAAUAUUCGACUCAUCUGCCGCCUUCUUCGUCAACAACGCGAGACCAUCAUCCGACAUGUGUAUGAUUGUCGAAACGACCUGGCCGUCUUUGUCAGGCGGCCCGAUGAUAUGCAGGCUUUGGUGACUGAAUUUCAAAUGGUACGGCUUUCUUUUUGCACUUGUUACUAUACCGGCGUAAACUUACUUUCGCAACAAGGAUGUUCACAUUCAACAGUUUUGAAAAAUGCACAUGUUUUGAGAAUGGCAAAGGUUGUGGCGUCUAAGCAGUCUUUGUGCUUAGACCACCGCAGUCAUCCGGCAAAAUCUCGGUCUGCAGAAAAACAUAGAAGGCACCUAUGGAGGAAAGGAGAACCCUGCAUCGCUAUGCAAUUCAGUGCUAGCGUUGACUGCGUCCACUCAAGACUGGACGAGAGAGGGGAAGAGGCGGCAGCUGCUUCAAUAUGUUUAUGGAGCAAGUUCAUGUGUUGUCCACUUAGUUGCAGCGGGUGCCGCCUUUAA